AUGUCCCACAACAUGAUGAUCACGCUGCUUGCCCAGAAGGGUCAUUUGCGAGCCUCUCGAGAUUUGUUCGACAAGAUGCCCGAAAAGAGCGUCGUGUCGUGGAACGCGCUGGUGGCGGCUUACGCAAACGCCGGAGAAACCGACGAGGCUGUGAGAAUGUUCGAGAGAAUUCCGAGGCCGAAUCGCAUUUCGUGGAACACUGUUCUUCAGGCAUAUGCCCAGAGUGGGCAUCUGAAGGAGGCAAAGUCGGUGUUUGAUCGGAUGCCCGAGAGGGAUAUCAUCUCCUGGACGACGAUCCUGAUGUGCUACGCAGAGAACGGCCACCCCAACGAGGCCGAGAUGAUGUUUCGAAAGAUGCCCGAGCACAGCGUCGUGGUGUGGAAUGGGAUGAUCACGGCCUACGCUCUAAACGGGCAGAUGAGCGAGGCCAAGAGCCUCUUUGAUUCGGUGCCCAGCCGUGAUGUUGUAUCAUGGAACACGCUCAUGGCCGGUUUCGCCGAUCUCGGCCAUGCCGAUCGAGCGAAGAAGGCCUUCGACGCGAUGCCGCAGAGGAAUGUGGUGUCCUGGACGACGAUGAUCGUGGUUUCUGGCGACACCGGCGAUCUCACGGCUGCCAAGAGCGUCUUUAACUCAAUGCCGGAGUGGAACGUCGUCUCUUGGAACGCGCUGCUCCAGGGCUAUGCCCAAAACUCCACCAUCGCUGGAACGAAGAAGCUCUUUGAUACCAUGCCCGGGAAGGACGUGAUUUCGUACACCGCGAUUGUGGGAGCUUACUCCCAGAACGGGCAUAUGGAGAGCGCCAAAAGAAUGUUUGAGCUCAUGCCACAGCGGGACCUCGUCUCGUGGACCGCGCUGACCGCCGCGUAUUGUCAACGUGGGGAGUUGACCGCCGCCAAGGGGCUGUACGACAAGAUGCCGGAGCAGAAUGUCGUGUCGCGCGCGACAAUGCUGUCGGCGUAUGGGGAAUCGGGGGACAUGGAGACCGCGAAAGCGGUGUUUGACGGCAUGCCGGAGAGGGAUCUUGUCGCCUGGAAUGCGAUGAUGUCGGCUUAUGCCCAAAAUGGGCAUCUGGAGUCCGCGCAGAGUGUGUUUCAGGAGAUGCCCGACAGGGAUGUUGUGUCGUGGAACACAAUGGUGAGCAUGUAUGCCGACAAGGGGUUGCAAGCGGACGCGAAGCAGACGUUUGACUGUAUCCCGCAGCCGAAUGUUGUGUCGUGGAAUACGAUGCUGGUCGCAUAUGCCCAGGCCGGGCAUAUGCAUGACGCGCUGGCGGCGUUUAACGCGAUGCCUGUUCAUGACUCCGUGUCCUGGACGGUGAUGCUUGCGGGGCUUGCGCAAAACGGGCGGAUCGAGCAGGCCAAGUCGAUGUUUCUCUCGAUGCCGGAGCAGGACACUGUGGCGUGGAAUGCGAUGAUCACGGUGCUCGCGCACAACGGGCAUGGAGAUUACGCGCUGGAGCUCUUCGACGCGAUGAAACUCUGGGGGAUCAAGGCGAGCGAGAUCACCUUCUUGAGUGUUCUAGUGGCUUGCAGCCAUGUCGGACUGGUGGAAGUCGGCGUGGGGCAUUUCGUGUCAAUGGUGUUUGACUUUGGGCUGGGUGCGUGGAGGGAGCACUACUCGUGCAUGGUGGAUGUCUAUGGUCGAUCCGGGAAGCUGGAGCUGGCGGAGGAUUUGCUGGGAGCUAUGCCGUUUAUGCCGGAUGAGAUCGCAUGGGGAUCGCUGCUGGGAGCUUGCAAGGUUCACAACGAUGUGGAGAGAGGGAAGCGUGUGUUCCAGCAGGCCUUGGAGAUGGACCCCGAGAACUCGGCCACGUACAUGACGGUCGCUAGUAUCUUUCGUGAAAGAUCCUCUCCGGUUGGAAGAAUAUUCCAAGCGCCAAAGAGAAUAAAAGGGGGAAAGAUGCUCUAA